AUGCAGCACACGUUUUCGCCCUGCUUCAUCGUCCAAGUCGGAGACGCUCUUCUUGGGCACUCUGCGCGGGUGUUCGUGGCUUUGCUCGACUUCUUGGCGCCAAGCAUGUCCAAGAACAUCAGCUGGGACUACAACCCCGAAGACGUUGGUCCGAUCGUUCCGGAGUGGAGCGGACUUGCCCCUGACGCAAAGCGCGACUAUCCUCGUGCGGAAUUUGCGUAG